AGAAGGCGAGGCGGCGUCCCGGCGAGCAUGCGCCCUGAGGCCGGCAGCGGGCGGGGAGCGCCGGCGGAGGCGCGUCGGGGGCUGGUGCAGCCUCGGCCUCGGCUUCGGCUUCAGCUUCAGCUUCAGCCUCGGCCUCGCCUCCCGUCCUCGGUCGCCAUGGACGAGCAGAAAGAGACUCUGCAAAGGAUUGUCUCUACUCUAGCGAACAAAAAUGAUGAAAUUCACAACUUCAUUGACACGCUGAACCAAACAAUAAGAAACGUACAGGUAAACUCUUCUAAAGUGAUCCGUGAGUUGGAUGAAGAAUUUGAUGCUCUGUAUUCAGUGCUGGAUGAGAUGAAGGGGACUAUGGCCAACACUAUUCAGCAAGAAAGGGCUCAUAAAAUUCAAGCUCUGCAUAAUCAGCUUAGCCAGUGUGGCAAUGCCCUCGAGAGUUCUGAAGAGCUGCUGGAACUUGCUGCACGGACGCUGAAUAUAAUGGACCCCACGGAAUUCUCAAAGGCUGCCAGACAGAUCAAAGAUAGAGUCACAAUGGCUUCAGCAUUUCGCAUCUCUCUGAAACCAAGCAUCAGUGAUAGUAUGACUCAUUUGAUGGUGGACUUCUCCCUGGAACGGCAUGCACUCCAGGCUCUAAGGUUUUUGCCAGUCCCUAAAGCUCCAGAGAUAGAUAUAGCAGCAUGUCUGGUUGCUGAUAACUGCAUAACAGUAUCAUGGAGAAUGCCUGAAGAAGACAGCAGAGUUGAUCACUUUGUUCUAGAGUAUAGGAAAACCAACUUUGAUGGGUUUGCUCGAGUUAAGGAUGAACAGCCUUGGGAAGUGAUAGACUAUAUUAAAGACACUGAAUAUACAUUAUCAGGUCUGAAAUUUGAUAAAAAAUACAUGAAUGUGAGAGUACAAGCUUGCAACAAAGCUGUGGCAGGGGAAUACUCAGAUCCUGUGACUCUGGAAACCAAAGCAUUUGUGUUCAAUUUGGACAAUACUUCAUCUCAUCUGAACUUGAAAGUUGAAGAUACCUAUGUUGAAUGGGAACCUACUGGAGGCAAAGGUCAAGAAAAAGUAAAAGGGAAAGAAAACAAAGGCAGUGGCCAGUAUCCUGUCCUCAAGAGCAAUAAAAGAAGUGGUGCACCAUCUCCAAAGAGGACUUCUAUUGGCACAAGGCCCACAGCGAAGGGCAGCAGAGAUCGUUUUACUGGUGAAUCAUACACAGUGUUAGGUGACACUACUAUUGAAAGUGGACAGCAUUACUGGGAGGUGAGAGCACAGAAGGACUGCAAAUCCUACAGUGUAGGAGUGACAUACAAAAACCUGGGGAAAUUUGAUCAGCUUGGAAAGACUAACUCAAGCUGGUGUAUCCACAUCAACAACUGGCUGCAAAGCACCUUUUCUGCAAAACAUAAUAAUAAAAGCAAGACCCUAGACAUACCUAUUCCAGACAGAAUAGGAGUGUACUGCAACUUUGAUGGAGGUCAGCUCAUGUUUUAUAAUGCGAAUUCAAAGGAACUCUUGUAUGCCUUCAGAACAAAGUUCACCCAACCAUUAUUACCAGGUUUCAUGAUUUGGUGUGGUGGUCUUUCAGUGAGUACUGGUUUGCAGGUGCCAAGUGCAGUGAAAACACUCCAGAAAAGUGAAAAUGGAUUGAAUUCUUCAACUUGCAGUCUAAACAGUGUUGCCCAGUAAUGUCUACUGAACGCUCCCAUGGCUGAAUAUUCUGCGCAGCUGCUAUGCACAGAAGCUUGGGAGCAUUGUACUAAUAUGGGUUUGUUACCAACUGUUGUUUUAAGGCCUGGUAGUGCAAAGGUUUGUGAAUCCAUAGAGCCAGACAGAAAACUAAACUAUUUAUUUGAAAAAUAAGUGGGGAAAUUAAGAGCUGCAUCUAUGUACUUUUCUAAUACUGUACGUAAGCAUUUUGUUAUGGACUUAAAUAUUAAUUUUUAUUAUGAAUGUUAUUUUUCUAUGAAGAAUGUAACAAAUACUAUUUUCUUAGCUCUCCUAGCAAGAAUUAUUUGGCUAUAGAUUGUAUUACUACUGGGCUUCCCAUUUAAACAUGAGGUAAACAUGCAUUUCAAAAGAAUAUCAAUUCAUGUAGACUAGCUACGAAGAAGCACUGAGAACAAUCUCUGCUUCUUUCUGAUUUGAUCCUACUAUUUUCCAUGAGUAAUUAAUUUUGAAUAUCUAUUUAGAGUUUGAGUUCAGCUCCUGUUUAUCACAAAUUACAGAAAAUGUAGAAAUGCAGAGAGACAAGCAUUUGUCUGGCUACCAUGAAGACUCAUUAUGGGUAGUCAGCCGUUGAACUAGGCAGGCUUUCAGGUAAGAGGCUGAGAACCAAAAAUCCAGACUUUUUAAAAUGCGCAGCAUGGUACUGCUCUCAGAAGUACUAUAUUUUGGGUCAGCUCUCGGUUUUCCAGUUUUGUGGCUUUAUUCUAAUUGGAUUCUGGUAACUGGCUGUUCACAUUGAUCAAAGUACUCAUUGGAUAUGAAUGACAAGUUGAACAGCCAGUUCUUGUUCUCAGGUAGCAAAGCUACAGUGCAGCCAAGUCUGGGACCAAGGGUGUAAAAGCUACAGAUCAAAUACAGAGAAGAGAAGGGGGAGCUAUUGCUGUAAAGUGUCUUUCAGCUCUUUGUCAGCCCAGAUUUGAGGCUUGACUAAGACUUCUCAAACACAGUGUCAGUAUUAAAGCUGACCUUGAGCAGAGGCAGCACUGAAUUCCUGGUGACAAAGGGGCAUGCUUUGAACCCUGGACGCAUUUUUUUGUUUUGACUAGCUUAGCAGCGAUUCCUGAAACUUUCUGGAUAACUAGAGAAGACCAAACAUUGCAUUAUUUCUGCACUGGGCAGAAAUGUGGCAAAUAUACUUAGCAUCCCAUUCUUAAUUCCCUAGGUUAUACCGUGUGUCAUUUGUAUGUGGGUCUGAGUCCGGCUUUUUGAAGAUCAUAUCCUAAAGAAAUUCUGUAUUCUAAAGAAUCUCUGUAAGGCCUCAAACUUAGUCCCUCCUUCCUUGUUUAAGGGCAAGGGAAAAGUGAACAAAUGCUUUGUAAACUAAUAUUUAAUCUUCUUUUGGAUCUGUAGUUACAUUUGUUCUUUCACACAAUAAGUGAAAUGGUGGGCCUAGGUGUUUUUUUGUCUCAGUUAUUACUUGGAAUCUUAAUAAUAAUAGUCAAAUGAUUUAUAUUAGUGGGAGAGCUAAAAAGAAAAAAAAAAGCAUGUUAUAUUCUUUGUGGAAAAUGUUACCUUUUAAAUGAGAAUUAUUUGUGUAUUACUGACUGUUAAAAUCUAUUUGCUUCCCUCUGAUCAAGUCCAGGAGCCUCUCAGUAAUUUUCUGAUAUAUAUGUGAAUCAACUCUUUCCUAACUGGAGAUUUUUUUUUCAUAGAAAUCAUGAAGUUGGCAAGAAGUUUGAGCCCUUAAUGUUCACUUCAUACCUGAAACUUUUUCACAAUGCAAGUAUUAAGAGAUGUUCAGUUAGCUGUAAUCUCUUUUGCAGAGGAAAGUGUAAACCAGUUCCCAGUUUACCUGCUGCCUCCUUGACCUGUUGAGUGUUUCAGGUCUUGAAGCAUGUAGACAAUGGAAUGUGACAUAAUCCUAAAAUGGACAACAUCUGAAUCUAUCACGUAGUAUCCUCAGUUGUUACUAUCCAAAUCUUAAGUAUUUCUUCCUCAUUCCUUUCUGUUUUACUGCAAUAAACACCUGACUAGGGGCUCAACUGCCAUGAAUGCAUCGUGAUGUGAGGGAGGAAGACUCGCUCUCCUGGACUCUAGUGGUGUUGAGAGAGAGAAAGAGAGGAGGGUUAUGAUACAUGCUUCUUAUUUUGAGACUUGUUCUGUUGAGUGACUUUGGUAAACAGGCAUCUAAAUAGCCUAGUGCUUGUUCAUACCACACAGUCAUCUCCUUGGUUUUGGAUUUCCAUCUACAGUUCCUAUUUAAAUUUCCCUUCUGGAAAGAAAGCAAACGUUUAUAAUACGGUUAAUUCUCAUUACACACUUUUCCUUGAGUUAAUCUCCAGUGGUACAUAAGAGCAUUUAAAUUAAGAAAUAGAUUUAGCAAGAUGUACCGAAACCUACAAGGUGAACUUGGUUAUACACAAAGUGUAAAAAUGCAUUUUUUUUCUUUCAUAUUUAGUUUGAAGGAAUCUUGGAAGUGUUUCAUACUGUGAUAGUGACUUGCAAGGUUUAGUUUGACUGAUGUCCUAAAUGAACUUAACAUGUGACUUUUUACCCUAAAAAGAUGAAUUUGUUAUAAAAUAGUUUGCACAGAUACCAAAUUCUUGCUGCUAACAGGUAGUUCCAUUGUUUUCUUAGUAAAUGGGGAUAUAAAGAAUUGCCUUAAGCACUUUUAGAUUUUUUAGACUCUUCUUUGAGCUGGUGUCUGUCUUGACUGAGUACCAAUAUAUUAGUGAUACAGUUGGUGCACUGUUUGUACAAAAAGUAAAUUAAAAAAUAAGUGUUUGUUAAGAACUUUCUCUGCAGCUAAAGGGGGAUGCAUGCAGCCUGUGAAGUUACUUUUUCCAGGAGGUAUCUUCAGGGAUUGUUCUUUGGCGGUGGAUUUGACCUUCUGAAGGUUUGCAGUUCUGUCUGACAGUUAACACUAACAUGCCUGCUGACUUCAAUAUUCACUGAGCCUCCCUGCUCCGGAGCUAGAGACUGUUUGGUGACAAGUCGAAGCUUUCUGUCACACGACCAAAGUGAGAUGUUGAUACUACUUGGUUAUGAUUACUGGUAGUCUGUAAGAGCUGGAAUAACUCCAGAAUAACCUGUAGGGAACUGAAGGUUUCCCUUGAGUUCGUAAUGUAACAGAACAUUGUAUGUUUCUUCGUGUCUGUGGAAAGCUGUGUGAAUUUACACAAGUACUGGUAACUGCAGAAAAAAUGCCUGACAAGCAUCCAGUGAUGGGUGUCCCUGUGAAUACCAAAUAAAAGAGGCAGAGGCGG